CACAACGUGUUUUCAAACCUGAUAUGGCCAACAUGAAGCAAGAGGAGCCAGAAAUCAACGUGAAAACACAGCCCCGACAUUGCUCUAUAGCCUGGAAGUACUACAUCAAAAAUGAGAGCAAUGCCACCGUUUACUGCAGGCUGUGUAAGAAGAACUUUAAGUUCUCUUCAAAUACAGCAAACAUGAUUAAACACCUCAGAGUGAAACAUCGACUCAACAUCUCCAGUGUAGCCAACGGCGGGGAAAGACAAUGCACUGAAGAGCCCAACGAAGGCAGCGUGGCCAUGGAUCUCCCACCUCAAAGGCAUCCUGGAAGUCACAGCAAUCCAACUCUUCGUCGGAGAAUGCAGCGUUUUUUGCCAUUUUCUGUUCGCCGCACAUCGAAAGUGUGGAACCACUACACUCAGUUAAGUCUGCAUCGUGUCGAGUGUAACCAUUGUAAGAGACAGCUUUCCUUUCACAACAGCACUACUUCCAUGAGAGAACACUUAGGACGCAAACACAGCAUUCGAGAAGGAGCAGUACCUCCUCACAACACAACAGGCAUCCCCAGUCCUGCAGCUUUGCAUUCUCACAUUCAGACCUCUUUACGUAGUAAUAGAUGCCACACCACAGGCAAUGCUCCGUUUCAACCAGCACUGCCAGUUACUGUCAAAGAGGAGCAGGAAGAAGUACUGCCAGCUGAGAUGGCAGAGACCAAUCCAGCUCGGACCACAUACACCCCUGACUGUGUAGCAGGAAGCGGUACUUCUAGUUCAAAUGCCAUUGUGCACCAAGAUACAGAUAUAGGUUGCCUAAUGUAUAAUUUUCCUGUAGGCGAGAUAGGCAGCACUGCUGGAGGCAGCAGUAACCGCAGCGGGUCAAGAGCCUGCAGCAACAAGCGAGCAGAGGUUUUGACCGAUCUUAUCUUGGAAAUGGUCUUCAGAGACCUUCGGCCAUUGUCUGUGGUAGAAGAGAGGGGGUUCAAACUCUUACUGAGUUGUCUAGAGCCUAGCUACCCCGUGCCUUCUCCAUCUCUACUUGGCAGUCUUCUUUGGCAUCGCUACCACAUCCUCAAGCAAUGCCUUCAACAGUAUCUACAGACAAGUCUAACUUCUCACUGUCUGACCCUCUGCACUGAAUAUUGGCGAUCCAUAGAUGGGUGUGGUGUUGAUGGGGAUGGUCAGUACUACCUUACAGUCAGCACGCAUUUUGUAGACUCUAAUUGGCGCCUGGCACGUUACGUGCUUGAGACCCGUCCAAUAGCAGAAUUCAAAAGAAGCCCAUCUAAAAGUGGGCAAACGAGCUUUGCAGACACUUUGAGAGCAGUCCUCUCCGAGUUCCAGCUCCCAGAGAACUUCAUUUUCUGUGUUGUGCAUGACACCCCCAGUGGAUCUGAGCCCAGGGGGCAGGAGAAUAUGGCCAUUAAUCCGGGAUGUCAGCAAGAAUUUGCUGGACCCAGCCAUGCUCCUCCCAGUAAUCUUCCCGAGGGAUGGGCACCUCUGCUUUGUGCAGGGCAGGCCCUGAAACUUUGUGUCCAGGAGGGACUUUGUGUGGAGACUGUCAGACAAGCUCUGGCAGAUGCCCGUGCCAUUGUUCUACAUUUCCAGCACAAUGUGAACGCUUCUAUGGCACUGAGCCAGAAAGCCAAGGCUGUUAAUAAAGAGUCCACAUGCCUUGUCUUGAAUGACCCAGGGCGCUGGACCACUGCCAUUGAGAUGUGUGAGAGUCUGCUGGAGCUCAAGUGGGUAAUAAGUUCUGUCCUAGAGGAGAAAAAUGUAGCAACAAAUCUGGCAGAUCACCAGUGGCGUCUUAUACAUGAACUAGUUCCUGUGCUCAAAACAGUUCGCAUUGCAGCAUCGUUUUUAAGUGAGGACAUCAACAGUCCCAUUUCAGCAUUAAUGCCAUGCCUACAAGGAGUGUCUCGGCUCCUUGGACAGAAAAUUUCAGAGUGUACCUGUCCAGUGGUGAAGGGAGUUAUGCAGAGAAUUCGUGCUGGUAUGGACAAACGGUGGAGUUUGAGUGAUGAAGAUGCUCUUCUGGAUUCUUCUGCUGUAUUGUCCUCGUUUCUGGAUCCGCGUUUUAAAGAGUUGCGGUUUCUUAGCCCACAUGCCCGCAGCAAGUUGCACGACAAGGUGAAAGAGUUGCUAUCUGUUCAUGCUUUUACGAGCGACAAACAAAUGAAUCCAGAAAGGAGACAAAGCAUGGAAAUGGAAGAGACUGUGGACGAGCGUGAAGAACCUGCAGCUUUUGGAUUGGAUGAUUCCUUGCCAAUUCCUGCAAUGGCUUCUUUGGAUUCUCCUGAAUCAUGUGGAUCUGUGGAGGAAGGUGACAGCAUUGAGCUGCACCCAAGCGAGCCCUCUGUUGUCAUAUUAUCUCCAGAACCAGUCAAUGAAAACACGCUUGGUUCGCCUUUCAAGAAUGCUAACGACCGUAAAAGACGUUCUUGUGGGACCAGUAUGACCUCACCGCUGAGAGGAGAUUUACAGAUCACGCCUCGUAUACAGAUGAGUCCUCUCCCGCAGAGCAUGUAUGAUAUUAUUCUGGGCGAGGAUCCUACUGAGCGAAUGCCCGAGAUUCACCAACAGCUGGAGAACUACAUAGCAGAGCCACUUUGCAGACGCAGCCUCUCGCCCCUGCAAUGGUGGCGCAACAAGGAGCAUCGCUUUCCUGCUGUGGCCAGACUGGCUCGAAAAUACCUGUCCAUACCUGCAACUGCUGUUUCUGCUGAUCGGACAUUUGCCCCUAGGGAGUCCCCAGUGACCCAAAGAAGGGCCACAUUGGGGUCUAAACACCUUGACCACAUUUUGUUUCUCCAUCAGAACACUGACUAUGUGGAUCAGCUGAAAGGUGACUCCUCCACACGUGAAAUUGAGCAGUGGAACAGCGUUAGUGGAAACCAAAGCAGAGAAAGUCUUUACCAGGCUCUAGUAUCGUAUGAAAGUAACGCUUGUGUGUCCGAAGAAGAGUCAUGAUCACUGUUUAUGUACAUAUGCAUACAGACAUGUUAAAGGGAUAGUUCAACCAAAAAUGUAAAUUCUGUCAUAAUUUACCCUCGAUUUACUCAACGUAUGGAAAAAUACUAUGGAAGUCAAUGGAGACAUUAACUUUUUGGUUAACCACAUUCUUCAAAACCUUUUAUUUUCAACAGAAGUAAGACUAUCCCUUUAAGAUUGUUUAAAAACUAUAUACAUGUUAAUAUUAAGUGUUGCCUUUGAACCGUUGUCAUAUCCCACAAUAAGCUAGGUAUCUGAUGACCAUCAUAAUCAACAGGUUUUAGACGCAAGGAUUAUGAGAAAAGAUAAACACAGUUAUACUGCUAUGUGAAUACGUUUUGAAAUAACACAUUCCUUUUACAAGGAAUCUAUGACACUAUUGUUUAAUAUAGACUUUGGUCUCUAAGAGGUCUGAGGGUUUGUCUUGUAGAUACUGUUUUUACAACAUUUUUCCUAAAUUUGUUUUGCUACAUUCUUAACGUCUUUGAAGCAUUACAUAUUUACGCAAUAUGAGCACAUGAGCAUUGAGCAAUCAUGCUGCUGUUCUGAAUAUCAGUACGGCUGUGAUUUGGUCUUAAGUAAUCACUGCUGUGCAGACAUCAAGCCAACUUCAUCUCUGCACAGUUUGAAUACUGAAAAAUCGAAUUUGGUCAAUCAAAUUCCAGGCCAUAAAGUAACUGUUGUAUUAUUGAAUAAAUAUGCAUAUGCUGUUACUCUUACUAUAGUAUUAUCACUUUACAGUGUUGUAUUCAUUACAUAAAAUGCAUUGUCAAACUCGUCCAUGCAUUUCAAAUGUAUCGCUUCCUCCUUUAUAUUUAUAGGGAAUAUGUAGAUUCAAAUGAGAUAUCUUUGUUUUUAUACUUGCAACAGUAGAAUUAACAAUGUAUUCUAUUUGUAGCAUGUUCAGAUUAAAAUGUUCUAUGAAAUACUCUUCCAAUAAACAAUGGAAGAUUGUGAUUUUCAGUUCUCAUUUAUUUUAAAUAAGUUUAAUACUAGUAAAACAUUUGUUCUAUUAGAACAGCAAAGGAAUGUUUAGAAAACAAUCAAAUUGGUAAUGACAAAUCUUGAGAGAAUUUUAACCCAAACUUAAUGUCAAACAGUUGAACAAACAUCCAAAAUAAGAACCAAGAAACCUUUUUUGUCAAACCCUGUCAUAUUAAAUGAACAAAUCUGAUAUGUUCUAAAAACUCCAAAGUGUUAACUUCAGUGCCUUGUGCAUUUCUUAAAAUUUGAACAAGAAAUAAACAGUUCCACGAAGAA